AUGGCAGAAAGCUGGAAUACUAUUACAUCUAAAAGGACUAUAACCAGAACUACAUCGGGUCUGCCGGAUAUGUUUGAUGGCAGAUCUAGAGGUGAUGGUAGUGAUAAUAAAUACGUUACACCAAUACCAAGAAGUAAGUCAUUGACAUUGAAUAGGAGAAAUAUUAGGGAAUUAGACGUGACGCCGUUAAUACAGUUGCCGUCAGUCGAGAAAGUUAAAACCCUUGGCAAAACCAGACGGGAGAAAAGUGUAGAAAUCGCAGCCCUAAAACCCAAAGAUUGGAAAAAAGUCUCUGUGAAACACAGAGAGAAGUUUGAACGGCUUUCAGAAGUCUGGAAAAAUGCUGAGGGUAACCCUGAAUUGAUAAAAAUAAUAAAUGAUAACGGCGUAUGUUUUAAGGAAGAGUUCUCAAUAGGCAGUGGCAGUUAUGGUACAGAAGUGUAUGUUUGCUUGGGGUCUGACGGGAUAGAACGAGCGAUAAAACGUUUGCCAAAAGUCCUGUGUAAUUUGUUGAAGAAUGAACGAGAUAUCUUGACCUCUCCGAAUGCAGUCGAGUCGCCGCGAGUUGUAAAUUAUUGCUUCUACGAUGAUACUUCCAGUCCUGACUUUGGUUAUUUGAUUUUGAAUUUAUAUGAAAAAAAUCUUGAAGAAUUCGUCAAGGAGGAAGGUGAAACGAUAACAGAAUCCCGUGCUAGAAAGAUGAUCCGCCAAGUGUUGGAAGGGCUGAAAGCAUUACAUGCUAGAGAGCCUAGAAUUUUGCACAGAGACUUGAAGCCGACCAAUAUACUUGUUGAUGUGAAUGGUGAUUUAGUCCUGUCUGAUUUUGGUAUUGGACGAUUUUUCCCGGAACAAGGUAUUUUUACAAGAUGUAUAUAUUUAACAAAAUUGCAGAUGUAUAUAUAUAUACAUCCGGAGCAGACCUUCCAACUCGCGAGGCAUUCAGUCUCAGCUAAUGCGUUCACUUGUGAGCCAAGGAAUAUUUUUGUCCUCCCGCUGUCAAGCGAAAUUGACGACCUCUGCAAAAUAUCUGUGAUCUGACCAAGCGUGACGUGUUUUGACGGGUAAUUUAUUUCACAGGUGUAGUCGCAAAAUACCUGACCACUUGCUAGAUAUAUAUCUUGAGUUGGUCGAAACAAAUUAUAUAAUAUAAAUAACAUAGCUAACAUAAUAAAACAGAAUAUAAGCUUAUAGUUUGAAUUAAACUAAACUUGGCCGUCUCACUCGACAGUUUCUAUUUUAUUUGAAACAAAUCAUACUCUAUUUUUACACUGGCCUGUAAGGCCAAGUGUCUUAAAUCCCCCUUUUUCUGUUUUUUUCGUAGUCGAGAAAUCGAGUUUGCGUUAGCUCAUCGCAGGCUCAGGGUGCAACGAUUAAGCCAAAAUGCCAUCGAUUCCCUCGGUGCCAUGAGUUAGAUAGUAUAGUAAUAAGCUCGUAUAUAUGUACGUAAUAGCCGACUGAUGCCAUGCUUGUGGUACAUUUUUCGUUUAUUAGCCUAUACACUUGUACGCACGCGCACAAUUCCGAACUGCAAUGGCGGCUUUUCACAGAGUAAUCAAACUAUAUUUUACACAGUUUGGUUGAAUUUUCAAAGAAUUGUGCCGGUUUCCUAUGUAUUUUACGUUGUGUCGUACUCUGGACUUUCUUGCGUGUUGAAUUAAUGUGUUUUUCUUUGUGUAAUGACUCGAAAACCACAAAAUAUAAUAUUUAGUACUCCACGAAAUAUAAUCCGCGCGAAAAGCUUUGUGGUAGCUAUACCGAUAAAGCGUGCGUUCAAAAUACCAACAAGAACUAGAACCAUUAUUGUAUCAUUUGUAUGGUUCUCAUUUGCUCGACUUGCCACAAGUCGACCUCGAAGAAACGCAUUUCGUUCGAGGUCGACUUGUGGCAAGUCUACUCAUUUACAAUAACAUUAGUUCGACGUGAAUUUUAAUACAAGUAUGGUAUCAUAUUUCAUAAUACAACAAACAAUGUAAACUAGCCAUACAUUUUGCCGCACAUAACUUCGGCCCCUUUGGGCAUAUCUUUUUCGUGAUAAUGUUAUUGGAACCAGAAUCGAAAACACUAUUUAUAGUGUUAUUUUCAAGCUUGUGUCUUGAGAUUUUCAUCUUUUAUUUCGGUAUUUACAGAAUAUUUAUAUUUUUAGCGCGGCCCAUGGAACGCACAUGAAAACAACGCGCUGUUAGGAAAAACCGGAAAUCGAUUCUGUAGGUCGGCAUGAUUUGCACGUGCAUCGAUCUCCAUUACGUCUCCCGAAAAGGUCUUUUAUUUUUUUAAAAAGUUCAUAAAAUUUGCUUGCGGUUUAAGAUUUGUAUUCCUGCCUUUUGCACCAUAGCACGUAUCUCGUUAUUUUCAGGCCAGUGUGAACGCCUGAGCAGGCGUCUUGUUGUAUUUAAAUUACUUUCAGUUUAAGAUACGAAAAUCUGCAUAAAAUUAGUCUUGAGCCUCAAGAAGACGCUGACUUUCGAAAACAAGUUUAAUAACAAUAAUAAUUCGCUCGAUCUUUACUAUCUAUUAAAGACGAGACACGGUGCCCGUGGAAAAUAUCUCGCUGUGUAUUUUCAAUAUCUCACUCUCUACUUCAUAAUAAAAGACCUUAUAUAAAGUGACAAAUACAUAUAUGCAAGAGAGACUAAAUCUUGACAUAAAAAUCAUCUCAUUUGGUUUUGAUGACAGAAUAUCAGCAAAAAAUGAGUGUAAGGAAGGUUGUAUAAAACGGCUUUAGAUAUACAUGUAUACAUGUUGCGAAAUUUGGAUGUAUCGCAGCUUGAUAGAUUAACAACAGACAUUGGCAAGUAGUUUGGUUAACCCAUUAAUGCACAAGACUCUCUCCUUGGCCUUAAAUAUGGCGUCAUAUCACCGCCAAUAUUCAUGUAUAUCAUGCUUUCGACAUUGAAGUUAAAUAGAACAUUCAGCACCUACGUGCUUUCGACAUUGAAGAUAAAUCUGACAUUGAACAUGCAGAACAUUCAACAUAUUUUCGACAUUGAAGUUAAAUGGGACAUUCAGCACCUACGUGCUUUCGACAUUGAAGAUAAAUCUGGCAUUGAACAUGCAAAACAUUCAACAUAUUUUCGACAUUGAAGUUAAAUAUGACAUUGAACACCUAUGUGUUUUUGACAUUGAAGUUAAACCGGACAUUGAACAUGCCGCGCAUUUAGCACCCAUCACAACUUCAACGUUCAAAAUAUGUUGAAAAAAAAUUACCACAUGUUGAAUAUUGGCGGAGUUGAACGAUAGCGUCAAAUCUCCGCCAAUAUUAAUUAAGCUAACACAAGAUAACCCCCCGGCCAAAUUCAUUCGUGUCCAGACCUCUAGAACAUAUCACAUGACGCAAGCCGAGGAUCGAAUUCGCCGCAUCUUGUCGCUGUAUUGAAGGCCGUAUAUUCACCAUAAUAUUCGUGUAUAUUCGCUUGAUUGUCUCAAAUUAAUUGACUUUUAUAGCGCAGAUUGAAUUGCUAGAGACGCAAAAAACGCAAAAUCUGGUAGAAUGAACUCAGAGGCAAUAACUUCCGCAAGCGAUGCAGGCAGAUGCUCUGUUUGAAGUUGCUGAGCGAUUGAGACAACAUGCAGUCAACAGCUGUUAUUAAAUGUAUAAAAAUUGAUAUUAUUUUAUUUAUUAGAUUAUAUUUUAAAAUUCCUAAUAAUCGCAUUAUAGAUAAUCGAUACAUUUUAAUAUUUAGAGUGUACUGGCAAAAACAAUGCGUGCGUCAACGUGAACUUUUGCUGCGACAGAAAGGCAGAUGGUUUUCUUUAUAUAUUAAAUCGUUGUGGUGUAAUGUGAUAGUACUUGUCAAUUUAGCAUAAUUUUGAGCACUUUUCUUUCCGGAUCCGUGAGCCUUUUAUAACUUUAUUUGUCAUUUACUUAUACAACUGUUUACAAAAAAUCCUACUGUUUACAAACUUUUGUGUUACAUACUUAAUUACCGUAAUAGGUGUCUUCUUAUUAAUUCAAUAACUGUUACACAAUAGAGAUUUUUGCUGUCAAUUGCACUAGCUAGAAUUAGCAUUUUAAUAAUAGUACAUCCUUUUAAUUUUUAAACUAGGAGAAUAGUUUCGUGAAAAAAUUUAUUUAUCUUAUACCAUAAACUUCCGAUUAUAAGUCCCCGAAUAUAAGCCCGACGUCUAUGACCCCGUCACAUUACUAACGUUCACACCAUUCGAUAUACUAGCCCGUAAUCAUAAUCAGAAGUUUAUGGUAUAAGAUAAAUAAAUUUUCUCACGAAACUAUUAUGUGCUAUUAUUAAAACGCUAAUUCUAGUGCAAUUGACAGCACAAAUCUUUAUUGUGUAACAGUUAUUGAAUUAGUAAGAAGACACCUAUUAAGUGUGUAACACAAAAGUUUUGUAAACAGGUAGGAUUUUUUUGAAUUGUUGUAUAAGUAAAUGACAAAUAAAAUUAUUAAAGGCUCACGGAUCCGGAACUUAGAAAAGUGCACAAAAUUAUGCUAAAUUGACAAGUACUAUCAAAUUACACCACAUGGCCUCACGAUUUAAUAUAUAAAGAAAACCAUCUGCCUUUCCGCCGCAGCAAAAGUUCAGUUUGACGCACGCAUUGUUUUUGCAAUUACACUCUAAAUAAAAUGUAUCGAUUAUUUAUAAUGCGAUUAUUAGGAAUUUUUAAAAUAUAAUUUUUGCGUCUCUAGCAAUUCAAUCUGCGCUAUAAAAGUCAAUUAAUUUAAGACAAACAAGCGAAUAUACGCGAAUAUUAUGGUGAAUAUACGGCCUCCAAUACAGCGACAAGAUGCGGCGAAUUCGAUCCUCGGCUUGCGUCAUGUGAUAUGUUCUAGAGGUCUGGACACGAAUGAAUUUGGCCGGGGGGUUAUCUUGUGUUAGCUUAAUUAAUAUUGGCGGAGAUUUGACGCUAUCGUUCAACUCCGCCAAUAUUCAACAUCUGGUAAAUUUUUUCAACAUAUUUUGAACGUUGAAGUUGUGAUGGGUGCUAAAUUCGCGGCAUGUUCAAUGUCCGGUUUAACUUCAAUGUCAAAAACACAUGGGUGUUCAAUGUCAUAUUUAACUUCAAUGUCGAAAAUAUGCUGAAUGUUUUGCAUGUUCAAUGCCAGAUUUAUCUUCAAUGUCGAAAGUACGUAGGUGUUGAAUGUCCUAUUUAACUUCAAUGUCGAAAAUAUGUUGAAUGUUCUGCAUGUUCAAUGUCAGAUUUAUCUUCAAUGUCGAAAGCAUGUAGGUGCAACAAGGGCAAAUAAUGUUAGCCAAUCAGCGCGUUUGUUUACAUUUUGCGUUCUUGACCAAUCAGAAUGCCUGAAAUUCGAAACAUGUAAACAAAAGGAGUGAGAAAAUAACACCUUGUUCUACGCCCUCGGUGACAUUCGAUAUUAAACUUUUUUCGCCAAAACUGACAAAUUCUGAUAAAGCAUGCUUUCUUCUUUAAUUUCCUCGGGGGUAUUUUUUAAAUUCGAUCUAGAACGCGAAAUAUUUAUGUUUGAAUAACAGUGUUUCGACGCGCGUAAAAUAGCAGACUCUCACUUUGCACUAUCUUUACACACACAUAAAAAAUUGGUAGAUUUGGCAGUUUAAACUUAUUUUCCCCACACCACAGCUGACAUGUUUUUAAAUAUUACCUAUCUGAUCUCAUCGAUCUCAUUUCGCAUCGGAAAUGCGUCACAACGAUCCAGGACUGACAGGUACAAUAUCGCAUGACUCAUUACUGUACAUUAAAAGUACCUGGUUGGCGAAAUGGUGAUUGUCUGACCACAGUUAAUAGCUGACAGAUCUUCACGAAGGGCUUAAUAUUUUUGCUAAUAAACUGUUCACGAGGGUUUCGUCUGUUCGUCUUCUGGUUCGUCGUCAAUCGUCAUCGGCUGCCUCACUUCUCGGUCGCUUUCGUCCUCUUCAAAGCAAGUCGCCGGAGCAAACAGCGUUAGUAUUUGCCGUCUUUCCAAGAGCUUCAACGUUGCUUUACAAACUGGGCUAUCGCUGAUGUUGGGCAGGAUGCAUUUGAUGUGGAACGAAGGUCCACAACCACGGAAAACGUUCCAAGUGGAUUAACCUUUUUGCAGGCAGGCAAAUCGCAAAUCGAUGGAAAUUUUAAAGGAAGAUUUAUAUUUUAUAUUUACAGAUCUUGAUACAUUUAUAGUCAGUACGUCCUUGGAAAUUGUUCCAAAAUAUGAGUGUGUACCAAAGUUAAAAUAUUACUCAUAAUCUCUAGAACAUGUUUGAAUGUUUUGAAUCACUGUAGUUUAGAAUUAGCAGUCCUUUAACUCUUUUAAAGACAACAGAACUGGCAGCCAUGGCACCCCAUAACUAUUUAGUGUACAAUACUAGUCAAUGUAAUUAAUUCCUACCUCCCCCAACCCAGAAGUAGGCAGUUUUUACUUCUCAGCACUGUCACGAUCUGUAAAUAUCUGUGUGUAAAUAUCUGGUUUUGUCUCGGUGACCCUGCUUUGCCCCACACUUUGGGAUUUGAGCAGGCAGGUUGAAAAAAGUUCCAAAUAUCCAAAGAAUAAUUAAUAAUGACAUUCUAAAAAUUGUAAAUAUAGUUUUCUUUAGGAGGGCAGUUUCCCCCUCCUGCCGCCCCCUCCCCUGUGCUGUGUACAGCCCAGGGUCACUGUCCAUUGCGAAUGCGAAUCCCACUUCCACACUUGAUUAGGUUCAGCAUUUGAAUUUCGCAUGUGAUUGCCCAUUUGUAAAAAUAUGCCAAACUGGCUUGGGAAAUAAACAUUGCUGUAAGCUAAUUAUAGCCUGUAUUAAAAUAUUCUGUUAAACUCAACCAAGAAUGUAUUACAUGUCCUCCCAAACUGAUUAAUGUUGAUAUGUUUAUCUCCUGAGAAAUUUAAUACCUUUUCACCUGCGGGAGUAUUAAUAUUCAUGCUUGGUUGAGUUUACUAUAAUAGCUUGGGGCUUUUUAAUUGGGGCUUCGGUUGCACAAGUUUGCACUUGCCUGUCACCUCUGAGGCCGCAGGUUCAAGUCAGUGAGAACUUUCUCAAUGCGACUCAAACCCAGUCCUCAUGUGAAAAGAAUAAACCGCAAUGCUCUGCCGAACGUCACAGGUUUUCCCCGGGUACUCCAGUUUCCUCCCACAUGGAAAGUUGACAGGGUGGGUUGGGUAAAAAGGGCUCACAGUAAUUGGCAUAUGCUGUUGUGGUGACCCGGCCCUAUUUGGCAUGCUAAAUAGAUAGAUAGCUAUAAUUAGCUCACAGUCGUGUUUAUUUCCCAAACAGGUUUGACAUAUUUUUACAAAUGGCCAAUCACAUGCAAGAUUCAAAUUCUGAACCUAUUCAAGUGUGGAAGUGGGAUUUGCAAUUGAUACGAUCAGAGGCUUUCCAUUCUCACCUCUUGUUUCUUUUACCUUGCAAAGAACCAGGGUACACUUAAAAGUAACACACAGGCAGACCAAGUGCUGCAAUUCAACUAAGGGCCUGUUUAUAUGCAGGAAGCCGGGCUGGCCUGCUUAGCGAGACAGGCAGGUGGGAUGAAUUUCUCUUGUGUUUAUAUGAGAACAUUUCAUCCCGCUUGCUGGUUUUGACAGUUGUUAAAAAUAGCUUGCGGCGGUAUCUUUCAUCCCAGCAACUGGGCUAGCCCGCUUGUGAGUGUUUAUAUGGAGAAAUUUCCACCCCGGUAAGCGAGAUCUCACCUCUUUUCAAGUGAGAUCUCACCUCUUUUCAAGUGAGAUCUCACCUCUUUUCAAGUGAGAUCUCGGCAACCUGGCCAGCCCACUUGUCCAUAUAAACGCACAAUAAUUUUUACUAUAAAAAUAACUACACAGCGAGAUCUCGCUUACCGGGCUGUCUCACUUAGCGGGCCAGCCCGGCUUCCAUAUAAACAGGACCUAAGUACCAGUCAAUAUAAGUCCCCGCUUGCUUGAAUCUAGGAAGUGUGGGGUUCAUGGGGCAAAGCAGGGCCACUGAGACAAAGCCAGGCAUUUAUACAAUCCAGCAAUUUUGAUUAUGCAGUGCUGGGAAAUAAAAACUGCCUACUUCUGGGUUGGGGGAGGUGGUAAUUUACAUUGUCUGGUAUUUGUACACUGAAUAGUUAUGGGGUGCCAUGGCUGCCAGUUCUGUUGUCUUUAAAACGACUGCUAAUUCUAAACUGCAGUGAUUCAAAACAUUGUCCAAACAUGUUCUGGAGAUUAUGAGUAAUAUUUUAACUUUGGUACACACUCAUAUUUUGGAACAAUCACCAAGGACGCUGACUAUAAAUGUAUCAAGAUCUGUAAAUAUAAAAUAUAAAUCUUACCUGCGAUUUGCCUGCCUGCGAAAAGGUUAUUCCAUUUGGAACGUUUUCCGUGGUUGUGGACCUACGUUCCACAUCGAAUGCAUCCUGCCCAACAUCAGCGAUUGCCCAGUUUGUGAAGCAACAACGUUGGCAAAUGUUGAAGCUCUUGGAAGGUCUUCGAAAGACAGCAAAUAUUAACGCUGAUUGCCCCGGUGACUUGCUUUGAAGAGGACGAAAGCGACCAAGAAAGUGAGGCAGCCGAUGACGAUUGACGACGAACCAGAAGACGAACAGAACGAAACCCUCGUGAACAGUUUAUUAGCAAAAAUAUUAAGCCCUUCGCGAAGGUCUGUCAGACAAUCGCCAUUUUGCCAACCGGAUAUGUACUUUUAAUGUACAGUAAUGAGUCAUGCGAUAUUGUACCUGUCAGUCCUGGAUCGUUGUGACGCAUUUCCGAUGCGAAAUGAGAUCGAUGAGAUCAGAUAGGUAAUAUUUAAAAACAUGUCAGCUGUGGUGUGGGGAAAAUAAGUUUAAACUGCCAAAUCUACCAAUUUUUUAUGUGUGUGUAAAGAUAGUGCAAGUGAGAGUCUGCUAUUUUACGCGCGUCGAAACACUGUUAUUCAAACAUAAAUAUUUCGCGUUCUAGAUCGAAUUUUAAAAAUCCCCCCGAGGAAAUUAAAGAAGAAAGCAUGCUUUAUCAGAAUUUGUCAGUUUUGGCGAAAAAAGUUUAAUAUCGAAUGUCACCGAGGGCGUAGAACAAGGUGUUAUUUUCUCACUCCUUUUGUUUACAUGUUUCGAAUUUCAGGCAUUCUGAUUGGUCAAGAACGCAAAAUGUAAACAAACGCGCUGAUUGGCUAACAUUAUUUGCCCUUGUUGGUGCGUUAUAAUUACUUUCGUGGGACUUUUCCGCAAUUUUCCAUACCAAAUUUCGGUACUUUGCCCCCAAAACAGAAAUAUUUUGGCCCGAAAAUAGAAAUAUUUCGCCCGAAAAAAUGACUGGGGCCCAACAUUAAAUUUCUAGGGUCCCCCCAGAGCCUCGGGGCCCGGGGCAAUUUCCCCCCCCCCCUGCCCCCCCUCUCGGCGGCCCUGUACACACGUAAAAAUCCCACAACUUGUAACAAGUCUGCCAACAAGUCGUCAACAAGAUGUAUUCGCACUGCUUGUCACAAGUUGUCAACAGGUUUGGAACAACUUGUUGACAACUUAUAACAACCUUGUCGAAAUUAUCAGACCUGUUGCAAGGUUGUUCUGACAAGUCCGUUACAUACUUGAUAUAACAAGAUUGUUACAACCUUGUGUUGGCAACCUUGUAAGAUCCUUGUUAUAUCAUGGUUGUAACGAACUUGUUAGCACAGUCUUGUAACAAGGCUGAUAAUGCCAUAAAGCUUGUUACGAGUUGUUAACAGCUUGUUCCGAACUUGUUACAACAAACUGGGGACAAGCAGUGCGAAGACAACUUGUUGACAGCUUGUGAACAGACUUGUAACAACUUGCACACACGCAAAAUUCUCGCAUCUUGUAGCAAAUCUGCCAACAAGCCGUCAACAAGUUGUGUUCGCACUGCUUGUCCCAAGUUGUCAACAAGUUUGGAACAGGCUGUUGACAACUUGUAACAACCUUGUCGAUACUAUCAGACUUGUUACAAGGUUGUUCCAACAAGUCCGAUACAGUCAUGAUAUAACAAUAUUGCUACAACCUUGUGUCGUCAACCUUGUAACAUUCUUGUUAUAUCAUGACUGUAUCAGACUUGUUAGAACAACUUUGCUACAAGUCUGAUAAUGCCAUCAAGCUUGUUACAAGCUGUUAAAAGCUUGUUCCGAACUUGCUACAACAACUGGGAACAAGCAGUGCGAACACAACUUGUUGACAGCUUGUGAACAGAUUUGUAACAACUUGUUUGCAGACCUGUAACAACUUAUGCGUUUUUACGCGUGUAGGCAUGUAUAGGGGGUACAUGGAAAUCACAUGAAAACUAUCAUCCAAUUAUUUUCUGUAGAGCGAAGUGUGGGUAGACGAUGCCGCGGAGAAGGAGAAACUUAUGAAAACAUACAAAGAUGCUUUAAGGUAAAACUUUGUUAUUUUCUUGUAAUUCUUCACGUCGCUUUAACAGAGAGCACGAUGUGGAUUUCUCAUCUUCUGUUACUAUUUUCUGUUAAUCUUGUAGCACGAAACCAUGUAAAUACUUUGAUAUGGGUAAAGGAACAUGUCCAUUUGGUGCCAGCUGUUUCUAUAAACAUGGUGAGUUCUAACAUUAAACGUCAGGUAGAAACUGGUAUAAAUGAAUGAAAGUUUUGCGCAAUUGUGUGAGAGACACUAGGGGGACGAUCCAGAUAAGGGGCGACCGCCCCCCCCCCCCAAUAAUUUCUGAAACCUUUGAAUGAUAGCUGAAUAACUGUGUUAUUUUUCAACCUUGAAAGCGUUAGUAGGCUAUAAAUUAAGCUGUGUAUUGAUGGAAUUUAAGGCAAAAAAAGUUUAAAGAACUAAGGUGGUGAUGUUUUGGCCACCUCCCAACCCCCAAUAUUUCGCAAAGUGUCUACCACAGAACUGCACGUUUCUGCAGUAUGUAUGAAGUUUAUGCUUUUUCUGUGCAUAUCCUCUGUGUUUAGCUAACCCUGAUGGGACGAUAGCAAAAGUAACAGUGCGCAGAUAUGAUAACAGUGAAGGGGAGAGAAGGAUUAUAAACUCAUUAAGGUAAUGUACACAGUAAAACCCCACAUUUAAGAACCCAGUCCUUGAAACUCAGGUCGGCAUUCGGCAAUGCCGACCUAAAUGCCGACCUGCAAAGCGAUAUGUGUAGAUUUAGGUCGGCAAAAUUUUGCCGACCUACUUUCAAAUACCUCUCGGCAUUUUUUCCUUGAAUACAUCUUUCACACACGCAUUUUCAACGAUGAUGUUUUAAUUAUCAGGUUUUGAUCAUUAGCUUGCGUGGUCACAUUGCAGUUUCAUUGUUGAAAGGUGAUACUUGAAACUUUGAAAGUAAACAUACAUGUUAAAAUCGUCCAAGCGAAAGUAUAUGGUAAUAAAGCUGUCACAACAUGCACUGUUCGAUUGCAGUUCAUACAUUUUGUUACUUGCUUUGUUUGCUAUUGGCAUUGAUUGCAAUUAAUUGAAGUUUAUAAGUACGCGUAUUUGCAGCAAGCAAAUAAAAUUUUCAUUUCGAUAUUUUCUAUUUGUUUUGAAAAUAUUUGCCGACCUAGAUUGAGAAUUAUCACUUUUAGGUCGGCAAUUUCUUGCCGACCUGAAAUUUCGGGAGUUUCAAGGACUGAGAACCUAGAAUUUAAGAACCUGUUAAGCUAAAAACAAUUAUUUGGUCUCCCUUUAAAUAAAUACCUGUUUAGGCUAGAAUAGACCUUAUGCAUAAUGACGUCAUAAGGCUUGAUACUCGCGAGGAAUGCUGGUCUUGGUAGUCAUCGCCCGGGAAAAUUAAACAAUUCAAAAUGGCCACUAUCGAAAUUUUCCCGGGCGAUGACUACUAAGACCAGCAUUCCACGCGGGCAUCAAGCCUUGUUACGUCAUUAUGCAUAAGGUCUAUUUCAAAGCAGGUAUUUUUAUCAAAUAGAGUCAAAACUAAAAAUUUAUAAACCAAAGAAAAUAAGCUCUUCUGUAGUAAUGAAAAUGACCCAGAACUCUUGAAAUGUCUUUCAGAUAAAUAACAUGUCUAUUAAUAAUAUGAACACAACAACAAAUAACUGUAUUCAGUGAAAAUACUACAUGACAAUCUCAACUACUUCUACAAGCAAUGUUUUCCAGCAUCAUGGACUGUUAGAUAAUUUUUGCAUAAUUUAUAUAAAUUAUAUACCACACCUACCGAAAGUGAGUCUUUAAUAUUUCUUACUUUUUCACCUCUAGUCUUUGGGAAUUCAUCGAAGCAAGGGAUGGCAUUAGUUUAGAAGACUUAUUGGAAAGUCUCUUUGACUGACUACGUACGGUAGAAGAAAUCACUCUCGAAAAAUCCAAAAAUACUGCAUUAGUGGGUUGUAUUGGGUUGAAUUGGAAAAUGUUUAUCAAAUAUAAAUCUAGUUAGAUAACUUAUUUAAGAAAAUUUAUUAGUUACAAAACUGUAACUAUGAGGAGCAAAAUUAAAAUACAAAAUACUUCAAA